AUGGCCUUGAACUACUCCAGCACGCCUCUUUGCCAACGAUUCAGAGAUUUGGACUUGACGCUGGUUCAGCUGUCGGCUGCUGGACUGAGUGUUGGAUUGGGGGCCCGAAAGGUGUUUGAACUGUUGAAAAGUCGUUUCAGCAUGGAUGGGUAUCUGUGCGAUCCAGAACGAAGAACGCAGAUUGGUUCAAAUAGUCCUUCCAGUGGCAGCUAUGGCUCUGGCAGCAAUAGUCAGUGGGUCAACCCACCAAGAAUGCAGGACCCCGAUCAUGCAGUUGUGUUGUCAGAGUCCUUCUUCUUGACUCUCUGCAUGCUGGUUACUGAAUUGCCCCCACCACCACCUUCCUCCGAGAAGGACGACACUUGGUUGCGACUGAGUAUUAGAAGAGAGCUCAUUCACGCGCUGGUUGCAGAAGCGCGAUCUCACAGUGAAGCCAUGGCGGCUGCGUCGUGUGCUGUGAGUCGGAGAGACGAGAGUGAUGGCACUGCUCUCUCAAGCGGAGGCGGGAGUUUGUUUCGAGAGGCGUUUUCGGAUGUACUGCAAGAGAUCGGAAAGCAGAAAAGCCAAGGGUCAUCUCGAGUUUCAUCUGGUCCGCCAGCGUUCGAACUGAAGGCAAAGUUUUGUGACGAAUACGACCCGACUUUCUUCCACUUGCGUCGCCCAGAACAUCAACACGCAAUGGAUGUCGUUGCAAGACUUCGUAAAACAAAAUCUGGAGAAGACGAAGCUGGAGACGCCUUCUGUUUACCCCUCGUGUGCGCUCCGCCCAAAGCACACCCUCGCUUCCUUCCGUGCAGGCUGUUACUUCAUUUGCAAGGAAUGGACGCUGCUCUGCGUCGUGCCCUUCUUUUUGCAUUGACUGGCGGUUCUUGGCUGCCUCCAUCAGAGCCUGAAACCGACGCUUGUCUGGAGGACGCCGAAACCAGCCCAGAGCAACCGGCAGGUGCUGAGUCCAGCACUGUGCCGAGACAUGGUGAUGUUCCGGCAAUUGCGUUUGGAGGUCGUAGAUCCCUGAGCACUCCUUUGGCCUCUACUUCGUCUUCCUUCAAACGAUCCUUGAGCGAGGGGGACAGGCCACCUCCUUUCUCUCCCGACGUUGUGGCGGCUUCAUCAGUCUCGUUCUUAGAGGUCUUGCAGCUCUUGACGCUUCAAGUACACACACUGGAAGAAUGCGCCUCGCUUCAUCAUUCAAUAUCUGAUUUGGAUGACGAAGCAAAGCUGUUUUCUGCCGGGCUGUCCAUAAACUCAUAUCUUGGUCGCCUUGUGCAUGUGCCUGACAGCUUGGCAGGUAUUUGGGCUUUCCGUCCUCACCCCCAUGGGCCUUUGACUUCAAGUGGCAGUGGUGCCAAUCGCGGAGCCAUUCUCGGUCUCUUGAUUGCUUUGUACGAACAUCGUUCAGAUCAUGGCGCCAUUCUUGAUUCAGGUGGUGGCAAGGAUUACGGGCAAGGUGACAGCGACCAUGGCGGUGCACGUGCUCUUGCGUCAAGUGGCUUGAAGUGGCUUCUGCGAUUUGUCAAUGCUCUGGUCGACGGGGCUCACAGUGUCGGUGCCGCUGUCAAGAGUGCCACCACGGGUGUUCCAGUGAAUCGGUCGUCACAGUCUGCUAACGAAAAUGAGACAGUAUGGACAAUAGACGAAAAAAUCCGAUCUACCAUCCGUGGGAUGCUGUCGGGUCUUCCAGAGCUCUGGCCGGCCCCUCGAGAACCCGGCUCGACGAAUGAGGGCAAAACCAAUGACAAGGCUGGAGGGGGGAAUGCCCUGGACGAUGCCGAUGACGAAGAGGAGCGGACCUGUGCAUUAUUUGCCGAUGCGAUGACACCUAUGGAGAAAACAAUGGCCCACUCGGUUAUUUGGGCCACGUGCAACGAAGUACCGCGUCGUCGGAACAUGGGAUGCCAACUUCGCGAAUCGGAAGCAAUGGAUUCAAGGCCGCUGUCUUGUCUCCCUCGAGGGAGUAUUGUCACGGUGCUCAAGAUUGCCAUGCUCGACAAAUACGAUAUCCUCUCGCGUCGAGUGCUUGUGAAACAUGUGUCAAUCAAGCCACAGGAGAAUGACCUAUUGACAGAAGGCUGGGCAAGCGUGCAGUCUUCGCAAGGAUACAUCAUUUUGAGCCCUCUGGCUUCUGUUUGCUACACGAACUCCCGUUGGGGAGGUACUCGGCCAAUCAUACGACAGUGCGGGCAUGCGGCGCAUCUGAAGUGUGUUGAAGCACAUACUUUGUCUCUACAUCAGCGCGCGGCUGGAGAGCAGCCUUACGACGGCCGCUUCGCGGCGAAUAUCGACGACGGGGAAUUCCUUUGUCCGCUUUGCAAGCAACUGUCGAAUAUUUUAAUUCCACGUGACAACUUCGUGGACGUAGCUCCUUCCGAUAAAUCAGGUGAAGUGACCAUGCAGGACGCAGAUCCUGCUCCUGCUUCAGAUGGCAAGACGGGCACUCUCAGGAGUGGAGAACCGUUUUCGUCUUUCCAUGACAAGAUUGCCAUGGGAGCAAACUGCACUGCAAAAAGGUUGAAAGUCAUCGGAAAGGAAGCCCUGAAAGAUUUCGGAGCACAUCUGUUCCAAGCUAUGGAUGUGCCGUGGGAACGCCAACUAGGUUGGAGGAGUCAAAACCAGCUGCACCCGGCUAUACUGCGCUGGGACUAUGAGGAAGAAGACGACCCCGACGAUGACAACAAGGACGGCGACGCAGCACCAAAGGAAGCUCCACAUGGGAAGAGCAUACUGAGACUACUGCGUCAGCAACAUAUUGCAUGGGCGGCCCUUGGUCAUAGCGCCGCGGCACUUGAGGCAUCUACAAGAGGAACUGAAGAAGUGCUUCCGUUCGGUACAAUGGUGAACACUUCGGACCCAUGGUCGGAUUUCAAGGCAGAAGAGAAAGACAAACAUCCCAUGCUGCUGGAACUUAAGCGAACGGUUGCAGGAGUUUCUGGGUUGUAUGAAGUGCUCGUCGACGAAGUUUCCAGCGAGCUCGGCUUUGAGAAGUUAGAUUCCAAGACCCCUUCGAUUGUUGGGGUUCUGCUUGCCGACAUCUUCGAUGGAAACAAUUGGUUCCACACUCUGUCUUCUGAUCAGAACAUUGACAAGGACACGCUGAUGCUUUGGAGUAAGCUCACGGGUCUCAUGGCUUCAAUCCCUUGCCACGUUGCAAGAGACGGGCAAAUUUCAAAGCGUUCCGAGGCGAGGGCUUCCGCUGCUGCAAUGUGGACUGUAAAGGGUCUCGGCACUCAACGGAGGAAGAGAACCGACCCCCCUGCACCACUUGCAGUAGCCAAAGUGUUUGACAGCAUCAAGAAAAAGUACGAACCGGCCGAUGUUAACCCAGGCUGGGGAACGCUUGAUCCACAGGGUUGUGGAUCCGAUCCACGAACACCAUUUCGCCCUGCUGUCGCCAGUGCUUUUCUUUACACGCCUCUCCUGGCGUGGGAUUUGAGCACGUUUUCUGGGGCCAUGUUUUCUGCGGUUCUUGUGAACGACGUUGCUGCACUCCCAACAAGCAAAGAGCUAUUGUACCUUGCGCAAUCACUACUUGUCUCAAGAAUGAUCCAGGCAAUCAUCACGCCCGGGGGGAUUGUUCCAGGCUCUGAAAUGGAUAUAGAUGGUGACGGCAUGGAGUGGCCACAGCAGGAUAUCCAAAGGGAGGGUUCUGCCUUGCUGCAGCUGGCAACCCGCUGCAGAAAUAAAGUGACGGAAGUAGCUUUGCAGGGCUCUACUUUCCUUGACGACCUCGCAUCAGUUGAGGCGUUGCCGAUGUUUUCGUCGGUUGGUGAAGCGCUACUUCCCUUGUCAAGAUCCAUCAUAUUACUCUUGCGAGCUUGCACCGGAGUUAUCAGAGAAAGGCAACGCCUGUGCCAGAUAGAACCAGCAAAAGAGGAUGAAUUUGACCAACGGUUGGAUACUGUCGUGUACAGUUCCGAUAUUAUGUCAUCUGAUGAUGGAUUCCUUGUGUACAAAGCCAUUGGUGGGCCUCUUCCGUCAUCCAUAUUGCAGGAAUCCAAUCCCUGGUGGACCAAGAUCACCAAGUGGUUAAUUGCGGUUUCAAUCUGGGAAGCUCACCAUGGGUCGAGCGGAAGAAAUGUUGUUCCAUUGAUUGCUAAUAUCGCUGGCGUCUCUCCACGAGACCCUACGAUUACGGUGUCGAAUCGCCUUACGACUGCCGACAACAAGGAUGUGAACAUGCGAGCUGUGGAUGGAACUGUCAUGGAAUCCAAGCUUAACGAUGCUGUCACUACUAACAGUGUUGGUGUCAAGAGCAGCUCGGUAGAUCACAAUGGCUCAAUCGAAGAUAUGAACGAAUCGGAUGACGACGAAAUUGUGGAAGGAAUGGAGUUGGACAAUGAGAUCCCUGUCGUGGACCUACCUGACUCGGUGGCUGGGCAUGAUGCGCCGGCUGCAAGGCAAGGGCAGUCGGGGUCUCAAUUUCGAUCGGAGGAUUCAUCCGAAGAAGGCAGCCACUCCGAUCUCAAAGAUGAAGGGGGCCAGUCGGACCGAGAGUUUGCCUACGUUUCUAGGUCUCCAAUCAUUUCCUACCAACCUAGCGUAUUGGGCCUUGUGGGUAUUGGAGCCAUCAGACAAGGCACAUUUUUUGAGUCUCAAUCGGCGAACUCGGUUAUGUCAGACCUUAGCCACCUUGGACUACUGCAUUCAAGAGAAAUUCCAACUUUCAGCCUGGUGCGACUACCAAGUUCCUUCGUCGAGCUUUAUAGUAUCGUCAACAAAGUCAAAGGGAGGGACGAGACCAACUUGGUCGAUGAAUCUGAUGAUGUGAGCACCUCUGAAACAGCGAUUUGCCUGGUUUCAGGAACCGUCUUGAGGUCUGGAUCCACUCGUCGUUCCUUCUCGACCAGAGCGGCACGCCCACCUGGUGCUUGUACACUUCAUGCCAGAAAGACUGGAUCAGGAAUUGGAAUAUUCUUCCUUGUUCAAAAAUGUACAGUGCUGCUAAUGCAUAACAACAAGUCAGCCUACUCUGCGAGUCUGUAUGUUGACGAGCACGGGGAGGAAGAUCCGGGGUUGAGAAGAGGACGCCCUUUGUUUUUGAACCAGGCUCGAUACCGAGCAUUGGAGGUCUUGUGGAGGCAGCAGGGAAUUCCUCGUGAGGUGGCUCAGAUCCGCUCAACUUCAGAUAGAGUCAUUCGCGAUAACUGGUACUAA